UUGUCCCUCCUCGCUCCCUCUACAAUGUCAAAACAAGAAAGGGUCGGAAGUGGAAUCAGUUAUGGAAAAGGGGAAACUGAAGAAAAGUCCAAAUCCACAUCUUCUUCGGUCGAGGGGGGGAGGCAGCACAGACAGACACACAUGACAGGACUAGAGAAACACAUGUUCGUCCUGGCUGCCACUGCUCUGCUGGUAGCUGUGUGUGUGGCUCCACUGGCGCCUGAAGCUUCUGCCUCUGGCUCGACCCACCACAAACACAGGGUGCUGAAGAUGGACGAGGCCUUUCUGAGAGUCAACAAUGAGCUGGGCUCUGAGGUGGUGGUGUCCUGGGUGUCAGAGCGCUGCUACCAGUGCUUGUACCAGCAGCUGGGAGUGGUACCAGCUGCGCCCAGUCCUGGAAAGCCCAGUUCGGUUGACUUUGUUGUGAGCACACAGCAUGAAAUAACACUACAGCUCAACACCACCCCUGUCAACCUAGAGCAUUGCACGGUUCCCUUCCACUUUGGGGAGCACGGGAACUACUCUCUGUGGGUGAAAAAUUUCAACGACUCCUCAGUGGGGAAUUGUUCUGUAGUGACUGACGCGGACCCCAUCAACAGCUACAUACCGAUAUUAGUGGCUUUUCUUAUCUUUGCUGGACUGAUCUUGAUGUCCUGCAUUGGCAGGAUAAUAUUAAGGCUUGAUGUGGUGAGGAAUAUCCUCUUCCGAAUUACUGGCUCGAUGGAGACGGAGAGGCUCAUCAACUCUGAACUGGGCUCCCCUGGCAGGACAGUGCAACCAGUGACUGACACCAUCCUCCCUCCUCCACCCAACCCCAGCAAGAGGCUGCGAUCUCUGGACACAUUCAGAGGAAUUUCCUUAGUCAUUAUGGUGUUUGUGAACUAUGGAGGGGGCCGAUACUGGUUCUUCAGGCACCAAAGCUGGAAUGGUCUAACUGUUGCAGAUUUAGUCUUCCCUUGGUUUGUGUUUAUAAUGGGGACAUCCAUUGCAAUGUCAACCAACUCCCUGCUGUGUGCAGGCUCCACUCGCUGCUCACUGCUGAGGAAAACUGUGUGGAGGAGCCUGCAGCUCUUCAUCAUCGGUGUCUUCAUUAUCAACCCAAACUAUUGCCAGGGACCAUUAUCUUGGGACAACCUGCGAAUCCCAGGUGUGCUGCAGCGCCUGGCCUGGUCCUACCUGGUUGUAGCCUGCCUGGAUCUGCUGGUGGCAAAAGGUCACCUCGACAUCCUCACCACGAGUGCUUGGUGGUCUCCCUUCUGUGACAUCUUGCUGUACUGGCCAGCCUGGCUGUGUGUGAUCCUCUUGGAAAUCCUCUGGUUGUUCCUCACUUUCCAACUCCCGGUUCCAGAUUGUCCAGCAGGCUAUCUGGGCCCAGGUGGGAUUGGGGACAUGGGCCUUCACAUGAAUUGUACUGGUGGAGCAGCUGGUUUCAUUGACCGUUGGCUGCUGGGAGAGAACCACAUCUACCAGACUCCGUCGUCACGGGUGAUUUAUGCAACUCGCAUGCCCUUUGAUCCAGAAGGUGUCCUUGGCAGCAUCAACUCUGUCCUCAUGGCUUUUCUUGGUUUACAGGCAGGAAAAAUUAUCUUACACUACAGAGAUGUCCACACAAGUAUAAUGUCAAGGUUUCUAUUAUGGGGUCUCUUUUUGGGAGCCAUAUCAGCACUUCUGACCAAGUGUUCCACAGACCAGGGCUUCAUUCCUGUCAACAAGAAUCUAUGGUCUCUGUCCUAUGUGACAACACUGGCCUGUUUUGCCUUUGUGCUGCUAGUGCUCCUCUACUUCAUAGUGGACGUACAGAGGUGGUGGUCUGGAGCACCUUUCUACUACCCAGGUAUGAACUCCAUCCUCGUGUAUGUGGGCCAUGAAGUGUUGGAGGGAUACUUCCCCUUCCGCUGGCGUAUGACAGACAGCCAAUCCCACGCUGAGCACCUCACCCAAAACCUUGUGGCUACUUCCUGUUGGGUGUUCAUCGCCUAUGUGCUGUACAGGAAGAGGAUUUUUUGGAAGAUUUAGAGGGAAUCCCUGAAUAACGAUUCCUUCAAGUAGCAGAGGACAUUGAUGACAUCAGAAAUGCUGGAGUCCUAAACUGAAAACCUUUGGAGCACAGAUAAUCGGGGACUAAAGAUUAAUUUUGGCAAAACUAUGCUGUUUCUCUGCCUCUGAACAUAUAUGGGGUUCUUCUUACAAACUCUUUAGACACAAUUUUUUACGACCAUUAAUGUUUUACAGCUUUUUUCCCUUCAGAUAUGAAGCGUCUCAUAUCACCACUGACUCAGGAAAAACUCAAAAUUUUUUGACUUUGUGUUAUUAAUUCAGGUUUCAUUCCUCACCCUGUGACACACUCUAUGUUUAACAAGCGCCUUGUUAACUUCCCUUUCUUCUGCUGCCACCGUAAUUACAGCAUUUCUCUGAAAGCUGAAGUUGUUGUUUUUUUUGGUGAGAUUGUGUGAUAAUUUUCCACUACACAAGGUGGAAGUGAUAUUUAAACAAAAGUGGAACAGUGUGUCAAGAUUUUGAAGUAAGAAAGUUUCGCCAUAUUAAAUUAUUCAGUUGUCUGCAUAUAUUUAAUUAUUCAUCAUUGUAGGGUAGACGGCCUUCUCAAUCCUCAGCUCCUUUCAACCCUCAGCUCCUCUCAAUCCUCAGCUCCUCUCAACCCUCGGCUCCUCUCAAUUCUCAGCUCCUCUCAAUUCUCAACUCCUCUCAAACCUCACCUCCUCUCAAUCCUCAGCUCCUUUCAAUCCUCAGCUCCUCUCAACCCUCAGCUCCUCUCAAUCUUCAGCUCCUCUCAAUCCUCAACUCCUCUCACUAUUCAGCUCCUCUCAAUCCUCAACUCCUCUCACUAUUCAGAUCAUCUCAAUCCUCAACUCAUCUCAACCCUCAACUCCUCUUAAACUCAGUGGUGGGAAGUAACGAAGUAGAAAUACUUUGUUACUGUACUUAAGUAGAUUUUUCACAUAUCUGUACUUUACUUGAGUACUUAUUUUCCUGACGACUUUUUACUUUUACUUGUUACAUUUGAACAAAAAUAUGUGUACUUUCUACUUCUUACAUUUUCACACUGGCUCGUUACUUGAGCAGCGGAGGUUGGCGCAGCACACCUCUACGCACGGCGCACCUCUCUCUCUCUCUCUCUCUCAUCUAGGGUUCAAAAUUUGUAAAAUUAUACAUUAUAUACAUUAUAUUCAUAUUGUUGUUAUAAUUUUUUAGACAGUUGAGAUAAAGCUUGAGGAGAAACAUUUUGGGUUGUUUUGUGUCUGUAUAGGCCUACUAUAAAGAGCACUAUUUUUGAUACUUAAGUGCAUUUCAACACCAGAUACUUUUGAUACUUAAGUACUUUUAAUAUGAGCUACUUUAACACUUUUACUCAAGUCAUUUUCUGACGGGUGACUUCUACUUUUACCGAAGUCACUUUCAGGUAAGAUAUCUGUACUUUUACUCAAGUAUGGCUUUAAAGUACUUUAUACACCACUGCUUAAACAUCAACUCCUCUCAAUCCUCAGCUCCUCUCAAUCCUCAGAUCCUCUUAAUCCUCAGAUCCUCUCAAGCCUCAGCUCCUCUCAAUCCUCAGCUCUUCUCAAGCCUCAACGUCUCUUAAUCCACAGCUUCUCUCAAUCCUCAGCUCCUCUUAACCCUAAGCUCCUCUCAACCCUCAGCUCCUCUCAACCCUCAGGUCCUCUUAACCUUCAGCUCCUCUCAACCCUCAGCUCCUCUCAAUCCUCAGCUCCUCUCAAUCCUCAACUUCUCUCAAUCCGCAGCUCCUCUCAAGCCUCAGCUUCUCUCAAUCCACAGCUCCUCUCAAUCCUCAGCUCCUCUCACUAUUCAGAUCCUCUCAAUCCUCAACUCAUCUCAACCCUCAACUCCUCUUAAUCCUCAACUUCUCUCAAUCCUCAGCUCCUCUUAACCCUCAGCUCCUCUCACUACUCAGCUCCUCUCAAUCCUCAGCUCUUCUCAAUAUUCAGCUCCUCUCAACCCUCAGCUCCUCUCAACCCUCAACUCCUCUCAAUCCUCAACUCCUCUCAAUCCUCAGCUCCUCUCACUAUUCAGAUCCUCUCAAUCCUCAACUCAUAUCAACCCUCAGCUCCUCUUAAUCCUCAGCUCCUCUCAAUCCUCAACUCCUCUCAAUCCUCAACUCUUCUCAAUCCUCAGCUCCUCUCAACCCUCAGCUCCUCUCAACCCUCAGCUCCUCUCAAGCCUCAGCUCCUCUCACUACUCAGCUCCUCUCAAUCCUCAACUACUCUCAACCCUCAGUUCCUCCCAAGCCUCAGCUCCUCUCACUACUCAGCUCCUCUCAAUCCUCAACUCCUCUCAAGCCUCAGCUCCUUUGCUAAACAAGGAUCCAAUGUUGUGAUAUAAGAUGCUGUAUUUUACCAAGCACUGAGGGGAAGUGAAGGAGGCCACAUCCGCUGACUGUUGAAACCCAUUGAGGUUUGCUGGUUUUGCAUUUAGAUUAAAUGCAUGUUUGUCAUCAAUAGGUUAACAAAAACAGAAGUCACUGAAUUUCCCUUUUUAUUUUAUUACAAAUGCCCAUUUUUACUUUUGCCUUUCCAGAAAUUAUUUGUCUUUCUUAAAUGAGGCAUGAAUUUCCAUAAAGAAAGUUUGAGUUUUUUGUCCAUAAUGUAAUUUACCAGAUUAUUAGAUUUUAUUUAAAUAACGUUAUUCAGUUAUUUGAACACAUGCUGAACAUAAAAAACUGUCACAAAGGGAGAAUUUAAAUAAGAACUGCUUUGAGACUCAUGUUUUUACUGGGUGUGCCCGUGGGUUUCCCUUUUAAUCUGCCACAGAGUGUAUAUUUAAUCAUGUCAUAUCUCACUACACAACUGUUACCAUUACUCCCACCAUACUGUUUAAAUGUUCCCCAUCUUGUGAUUGGCCGUUAUUCUAAAAAUAACUCUCGUGAACUGACUUUACAAAACCACAUGUUCUGUAUGUAGAGGAUCUAAAGCCUGAGAGAGACUUUUGAAUAAUUGUUCAUCUUGACUGAUGGAAUUAAUUUUGUUGUACUUUUUAUACAUUUACUUUUCUUUUUUUAAACACAAUUGAAAUAGUUAUAUCAUGUAAUAUAUCACAUUCUCAAGUA